AUGCCGCGCCCUCGUAUUGAUCUCGAGUCGCACAAAGAAAAGAUACUCGAUCUUAUCACCCAAAAGACUUCACAUACAGCUAUUCGCGCUAUUCUCAAAGAAAAAUACGAUAUUACCAUUAGCCGCAGCACCCUGCAGAGAUGCCUUGGUCACUGGAAACCUCCUAAACCCCGUACUCUCACGACUAGGGAAGAGAUCCGAGAUCGAGUUGAAGAGCUUGUACCUCGGUAUAGCACACAAAAGAUCCUUGUAAUCCUCGCUGCAGAGGGCACACCCUCUUCAGUCAUUAUACUACAAAGAAUUCGAAACGAAUUUUGUAUUAGGCUUCGCCUCACUCCUGAACAGCGCCAACAACAGUUGGACGAUGUUGAAGCUUCGUGA